GGACGCUCGCUGCUGCUGCUGCCGCUGCUGCUUCGUGUGCAGGGGGCAUUCGUCGUUGGGACAGAGGGACAGAGUCUCCGAGUGUCCUUCUUCACCAUCUUCAGACAUGGCAGAGAACUCGGACAAAGUUCCUAUCACCUUGGUAGGACCUGAUGACAUUGAGUUUUGCAGUCCUCCGGCGUACGCCACCGUGACCGUGAAACCCUCCAGCCCUACGUGUCUGCUCAAGGUCGGAGCUGUGGUCCUCAUUUCUGGUGCGUUGCUGAUGCUCUUCGGGGCCAUCGGGGCCUUCUACUUCUGGAAGGAGAAUGACAAUCACAUUUACAAUGUUCAUUACACCAUGAGUAUCAACGGGAAGCUACAAGAUGGGUCCAUGGAAAUAGAUGCUGGGAACAACUUGGAGACCUUUAAAAUGGGAAGCGGAGCUGAAGAAGCGAUUGAAGUCAAUGACUUCCAGAACGGUAUCACCGGGAUCCGGUUCGCUGGAGGAGAGAAGUGCUACAUCAAAGCACAGGUGAAGGCUCGGGUCCCCGAGGUGGGCACUGUGACCAAACAGAGCAUCUCUUCUGAACUGGAAGGCAAGAUCAUGCCACUUAAAUAUGAAGAAAAUUCUCUUAUCUGGGUGGCCGUGGACCAGCCCGUGAAAGACAACAGCUUCUUGAGUUCUAAAGUCCUUGAACUCUGUGGAGACCUCCCUAUUUUCUGGCUUAAGCCUAUGUAUCCAAAAGAAAAUUUUGCAGAAAUCCAGAGAGAAAGAAGAGACAUAGUAAGAAACAUUGCUCCGUCUACCACAAGACCACACAGUGAAGCACGAGACAACCCGGGCCCUAGAAGACUGAAUAAUGAAACCAGGCCCAGUGUCCAGGACGACGCAGAACCAUUCAAUCCCGACAAUCCUUACCACCAGCAGGAAGGAGAAAGCAUGACAUUUGACCCGAGACUGGAUCACGAAGGAAUCUGCUGCAUAGAAUGCAGGCGGAGCUACACCCACUGCCAGAAGAUCUGCGAGCCUCUGGGAGGCUACUAUCCUUGGCCUUAUAAUUAUCAAGGAUGCCGUUCGGCCUGCAGAGUUGUCAUGCCGUGUAGCUGGUGGGUGGCCCGCAUCUUGGGCAUGGUGUGAAACCAUUGCAUCUAUCAGGUACUGUCAAACAAGAAUUAACUUGAGAGUUGACAACCAAAGGAGCAUAAAGCAUGCUCUGGCCAAGGGACCACAAAGUAUUUUAUAUUCAAGCUAAGUGAUGUUAUCCUAAACAAUAGACCAGAAGCUCUCAACUGUGUGUGCAAACGUGCUGAAGGGGUAGACUACGACUAUAAUUACCCCUUCAAUAUUUGCUUUGCCAAUAAAGCCUGGUGCAAGUCUUUAAAAACUACUUUUAAAAUAAACAUGGAAAGUUAUUCACAGUU